AUCAACACAUGGAUUUCAAAUAAGCAGAUCACAAUAGUGUUAUUUAUCGUUCAAUGGUGAAUGAAUCGAUAUCAAAAUGCAGUCAUAUGAUAUGUUGACAAAUGGAGAUAUCUACAUCUGAUUCGUCUGAUUGGAAAAUUAAAUGUUGGAUUUGAUAGAACAAUACACAACGUGUCGAGUGAAUAUUGAAAGAUUAAUGAAUAGUGGACAGUUGAUGUUAGCCAAAACACGCUACCUUCAAGGAUCUCAAACUAUUAGUUCGGCACACAUUCCUACUGAAAAUAGUAACACAUUUAAUGCACUUUGUGGAUUGAAAGAGAAGAAAAAUGAUACAAAAAUAUCAAGUGUGGAGUACAGUUUAAUGAGACAUACCGUCGAUAAAGACAAAGGAUUCGUUGAGCCGAUGCAUUGGUUCACUUUGUUACCACCUAGUAGCUUACGAACAGCGUCUGAACAAUUCAAAAAUUGUUUAGAAUUAGUAUUGGAGAGUGCGAAUGUGCAACGUGAACUUCUUGCAGUAAUGGAAAAUAUUGAUAGACUUAAGCAACAUCGCGAAACAAUAUGAAUGUUACUGAUAUGAACAACAAACUUUUAAUAAAUUUAAGAUAACAAAUUAAUCAACUUA